AAAAGUCACGACAAGAACAUCGAUCAAAUGUUAUCUUAUAUUGUUUUUGGACUCUCAGGAACUUAGACAGGUCCUUCAGUCGAGAGACUACUUGAUCCUCAUUAAAGCAUUGCUCAAUAUCCAGUUAAUCUCCAGUCAGACUCUAGGUUUUGUUAGCUUGGUGAGAUCACGUCAUAUCCUAGAUAAGUUCAUAUUUCUGGACACUGAACGGUUGGUAAGUUUUGAUUAUUGUAACUGCUUUAACUUCCCUGUGGAAAACAACGGCGAAACGAAAUAUCAGUCAACUUGAGUCGCCGCAACUUGAGACAAUAACAACAAAAUAUUGAUUUAAGAUUAAUUGUGGCCAUAAAACAUGUUCAAAGACAGCAAAUAUCUUUUUAAAAUCGGCGCAUUCUCUACGAUUGCAGUGGCAGAUUAUAUUCGAUGAUGACGGAAUCAGUGCAAAGUGGUCGUUUACUAUUCAUUGACGUUUCUAACUCGGGCGCAAUCAAACCUUUUUGAACGUCGGUAUAUCGAAAGCAGUGGGUGCUGAUAUGACUCAUUUUGUGUUCUAAACAGGUUUAUGACACGUAUCUGUGACAAAUUCUCCCACAAGAGUGACAUCCACUAACAGUAGGAUACCAGUGGUCCCCUUAGUGCAAAAUUUUAGUGACAUGAACCAUUAUGCAUCAACAGUUUCUCCAGAAGGAGUAGCCAUGCCACGCUUUAUUCUGUCACCCAGCCAACAACAACAACUUUCAGACAUUUUCUAUCUCAAGCAGCAACAGGAGCUGCAGCAACAGCUCCUCUACCAAAACUUCCAACACCAGUUACAGCAACUUCAGCAACAGCAUCAGCACGAAUUGCAGCGUAAGAGAUUGCUUAUGAAGAGGCAAGAAGACCACCGCCAUAGAGAGCCACAAGAAAAGACACAAAAAGAAAGGGAGUACCGCUUUCCUCAACCAAAAAUUAAGGUUGAACCAGAAGAAUCAAAUGAAAGAGGACAAGGUUGUUCAGCAAUGGAUCAAGAUGAGCCUCCAGAAAAGCAAUCUAAAAUAAAGCAAGAAGUGCUUCAAUCUCCACCGAAACAGCCUCCUAUAGCUACUCAACAACAGCACUUUCAGAAGGCACCAGCACAGGAUAACCAUCAUUCACAACAACAGCAACAGUCACAACAUCAACAAGCACCCCAGCCACAACCACAGCAGUCCCAAGGAUCUCAGCAGCUGCCUCCACCAGAAUUAUCUUCAAGCGAGGUGAAGAAGCGUCUUCAUGAGUUUGUCAUCAGCAAGAAGCAAAAGGAUCUUGCUUUAGCUUCUGGAGCACAUGCACAAGCCUUUAAGCACUGGAACCAGCAAUAUGGUGAUUCAGAUAGAAUUGCACCCCUAGGAACUGGUUAUGAGGGAGUCAAUUAUCCAUUGAGAAAAACAGCUUCUGAACCAACCCUGAAAGCAAAGUCAACACUCAAAGCCAGACUCAAAUAUUGUCAUGGAAGCCCAUUGCUAUAUAGGCGUCAAGAUCGUCGAAAUGGAAAUAGGAUGAACAAGAGCCUAACAUUGGAAAAUGCAGGAGGUGAAAUGGGUGAAUGUUCCAAUCCUGGGUCACCAAACCAGUCAUCAUCUACCUCACCACACAGAGAGGGUUCGUCACCCUUGAGCACUGGUCCUGGGUCUGGUCUCGGCCACAGUCUACCCAAUCUCCAAGCAAUUCCACGUUAUCCUUCAGGAAUGGAUCACGGCCGCGGCAGCCAGCUAUGGCUUUCAAGCCAGCUUGCUAACAAACCCCGUGUUCUAAGUCAUGGCAGUAGCUUAGCAAGCAAUGAUGUAACUCACAUGGAGGUACAGCAGAGUCCGUAUUCUAGUCAAACUAUUUCAGAUGGAAUCGAGGAAGAGGAUGAGAGUGAUGUCACUGCAGCUGCACAACAUCAGGCGCGGUGGAAGCAGCUGGCAUUAGUCCAAGCACAAGCUCAGAUGCUGUCCAUGGGUUACGGGGCGCAUCAAUUGAAAGUGAAUUCUGUGGUGCCACCCUCGUCAUCUUCAGCAGGGCCACCGUCUACAUCACCAGAAGCACAAAACAACUUGUUAUCACCCCGAGGAGUGGGAGGAGGGCUGUCUGCAUCACUAACAUCAGCACAGAUGGAAAGACAAUUAAAGGUGCACCGGCCUUUGCGUCAGUCUCUAUCAGCACCAGGCCUGUCUUUGUCAAAUGGUGUAGCCCUGCACCAGCAGCCACAAAACCAAGAACUGUUACAGCAGCAGCAUAUGGAAUUUAUGAAACAACAACGGGUGCAACAGCAGAAUCAAGCUAGGUUAAUCCAACAACUUCAGCAGGAGUUUAUUCUGCAGCAAAUUGGUGCCAAAAACCUCCAAAUGAACUUGCAAAAGCUGCAAGAAUUACAACAGCAACAGCAGCUGCACAAAGAAUCCCAGGCAGCACUCAAAGAACACUUGGAACAUAUGCAACAGAAAGAAGCAUGGAAGGAGCAUUUUUAUCAAUUACAACAACAACAGCAGCAACAGCAACAGCAGCAGCAAAAAAUUCAAGCUCAAUUGUUGCAGCAGCAACAACUGCAGCAGCAGCAACAACAACAACAUCAACCACACCAACCGUUACCCAGACUUGUUCGUACACACAGUCAUGAUGACCUUCCCUCACCUCAGACCAGCCAAGAGCAACAAAUACAAGAACUUCAGCUUAUUCGUCAGCUACGUCAACAGGACUCCCCUGAAAAAGGAUCCUUGCUACAAGGAAACCAACAAGCUCUACAGCUGCGUCAAGCAGAUUUAGCUGCAGCGUCAUCCGCAGGAUCUGUUUCUCCUGGGGCAACUGUGGGUCACAGGCCUUUAUCAAGAGCUCAUUCAUCACCUGUUGUAGGUAGUGGUCAAGUGGCUGACACAGGGAAUCGUACCGGCCUUGUUUACGACACAGUUAUGUUAAAGCAUCAAUGUUCAUGUGGUGAUGCCAGUUCCCAUCCAGAACACCCAGGAAGAUUACAAAGUAUCUGGGCACGACUGCAGGAGACCGGUGUAGCUAAUCUUUGCGAACGAGUGCGUCCUAGAAAAGCUACCUUGGCUGAAAUUCUUACAGUUCACAGUGAACAGCACACCAUGUUGUUUGGUGGCAGCACACAAUGUAGAACAAAGAAUGAGGACGGGACAAGUACUUUGCUCAAGUGUUUCAAUAAACUAUUUUGUGGUGGGAUUGGGGUUGAUGGAGAUACAAUAUGGAAUGAAAUGCACAGUGCUAAUGCAGCCAGAAUGGCCGUCGGGUGUGUCGUGGAACUUGCAUCUAAAGUUGCCAAAGGGGAACUGAAGAAUGGAUUCGCUUUAGUGAGACCUCCAGGACACCAUGCGGAAGCUCAUCAAGCGAUGGGCUUCUGUUACUUUAAUAGCGUGGCAAUUGCUGCGAGACUAUUGAGACUGAACCUGUCAGUUGAACGAGUUCUCAUUGUGGAUUGGGACAUUCAUCAUGGAAAUGGAACUCAGCAGAUGUUUUAUGACGACCCACAUGUUAUGUACAUCUCAAUUCACCGCCAUGAUGACGGGACCUUCUUCCCUGGUACUGGAAAGUCAGAAGAGUGUGGUGCUGGAAUAGGCGUUGGCUACAAUGUCAAUAUUGCCUUCAUGGGCGGAUUAGAGCCUGUAUAUGGUGAUGCUGAAUACUUCGCAGCGUUCCGUUCCAUAGUGAUUCCCAUAGCGAAGGAGUUUGAGCCCAACAUUAUAUUAGUUUCAGCAGGGUUUGACGCUGCGGCCGGACAUUCGCCUGCUUUGGGUGGCUACCAGGUCACGGCAGCGUGUUAUGCGCAGUUGACGAAACAGCUCAUGGAUGUUGCUGGGGGCCAUGUGGUCAUGGCAUUGGAAGGAGGCUACAGUUUGCCGUCCCUGUGCGACGCAGCUGAGGCGUGUGUGAAGGCCUUGUUAGGAGAAACACUUCCUGAACUCUCUAAGGAUAGCCUUAAACGGGCCCCGAAUCCAAAUGCUGUAGCUGUGCUUGAGAAAACAAUAAAUAUUCAAGGCAGAUACUGGAACAGUGUGAAGAGAGCCGCCACACAGAUCUGCCAAUCAUUAGUCCAAGCUCAACAGCGAGAGAAAGAAGAGGCCGAUACUGUGACGGCGCUAGCGUCACUUUCCAUGGGAGUUGUACAGGAAUCAGACAAAAGUAUUGACGAAUCCAUGGAAGAAGAACAAGUUGAAACAUGAAACCAAAACAGAGAAAAUCAAAAGCAAAGAACGAUUUUAGGUAGAAUAGCUUCUAUAAAUAUCUUCUGUAAAUGCCCUUAUGCGUCUACCACGCAAAUCACAGCACUCGUUAUAAAUCGGUACACAGUCGUGUAGGUUUAAAUGACGGACGAAUAAUCGUUACAUUUUGACUGCUGACCCAGCCCGAGCUGCAUUGAGGUAAAGCGAUUUAUCGGGACAGAAAUGUAUCAGUGAUCUCACCACCCCACACCCUCCCUCAAAAAAAAAAAAAAAAAAAAAAAAAAAAACCAGCUUUCCGAGAAUAAAUGGACAGAACUUGCCGUAAACGAGGUUUAAGGAACGCUCUUCAACUGUGUUGUCAUGUAGUCACGAAUCUUUCGUAUCAAUGUUUGUAUCUGAGCAACUGCACCCUCCCUAGCCUAGCCCAACACAAAUCAACUGUUAACAAGUUAGGGAUAAUAGGGACCUUAAGCAGUUACGACGGUAACGCCAAGGAAGACGUCGAUUUAAAAAUGAAUACAUAUUUUUAGUUGGAAUUUCGCGAAUGAUUGGAUGUGCUUAACAUCUCUUACGGUGCCGUGAGUUAACCUCAGCAUAACAUAUGAGAGCGGCUUUGAGUUCCAAAUGGAAACUUAAGUAAUUUGCCGUCCGGGUUUCCUCUCUCGGACCACGCAAAUUCUGAUGAUUUCACGUUAUUUUGCAGAGGACGGCUAAGAAAUGUACGCAGUUUUAAAACGCACACGCUGAGCUAUCGUUCUACUCAUUAGAUCUUUUGUUUUGCCACGUCCUCGUUGCCGUCGCUGUCGUGGUUUGCUGAAGGUCCCUAGUGUUAGGUAAAGGAAGGCGCAGUUGCUUUGAUACUCAUAUUGAUUCAUUUUUUCAAGAGUCAACAAAGAGUGAUAUUGAUAUGGCUGAAUUCCACGGUUGCAUUAUGUUGUGUUGAAGGGGUUUUAUCUUUUAUCGUACAGGUACACUUUGUAGGCUUAAUUUGCUUGUUUUAUUUAUUAUUUGUCAAAUGGAUUUCUUGUUCCGUAGGUCGGGAGAAACUGAAUUAACUGUUUCUUAGGGUGUCAUUUCUAUAGUAAGGGUGCGAAGAUUCGGGGUAUAUCCAAGAGAAACCUAGUUAUCACGUCGCUCGCAACCUUACGCCAGAAAUUUUUUUUUAAUUGGCAGUGUUUACAUAGCGGGUGAAAGAACAGGCUUUCGAUACAUCACUGUCCGUUGUAGUGAGUUUUCGAACCUAAAAACUUGCGUGGAAGGUUCGUAGCUCCAAAUCGCCUCUCCAUUAUUGUCGCCAACCAAUCUGAUUUUCUCAAAAUGUUCCGAACUUCUCUUGGUUAUCCCGACCCUGGAGUAGAUUCUGUCUUACUGACGAGCACUACCGUAGAAUUCGAAAAGAGUCGUUCCGAAUAAAUGUGCAUUGAUUUUACAGAAGUUCUCGUUUUCUUUUUCUUCCUUUUCUCCUUUUUUCAAUGCCUGUUGUAAUUCUCGUCCGGCAUGGGUGCGUUGUUUUGGCUAAUGCGCUAAUCUUAAAGGUUUUUUCCGAUGAAAAAGUAAUGUUGAAAUCAUUCCUUGGUAGUGUACACGCCGAGAAUCAACUCUUUAAAACUGAAGCAUUAUUCAAAUAUAACUAUGUAUACUAAGCUUAGCUAUGAGUUUUCAUUAUUCAUUGUAUUAUCAUAAUCACACGGCGAGGGGGCUAAUCCUUCCACUUUCACGAUCUGAUUACAAAUUUUCCAUUCCAUCUGCUAUACAAUCCCUAAUGUAUUAGUCACGAGAAUGUGGUAGCUUAUCGCAACAAGAGCCUCCUGCUGAUUAAGGUUUCUAUUCUCAUCACCUGUCUACUGAAAAUUGUUGGGAAAUCGCGAGGAGAAUUUCUCUGUAAAUCAGUUGUGAGAGUUGAAGGAUUAGACUUGUCUAUCAGACUUCCAAGGAGUUUCUAGUGUGUAAUUUAGCCGAGAUAUCCCCUCGGUAACUCUGUAAUUAUUCCUUGUACAUAGUUGUCAAAAGUGGCUGGGUUUUUUAAAAAAAGACCCCAGUUGCUAAAGGAUUUUCUCAUUUAAAUUAUGCCUUUUAAAAUGUUACCCUGCAUAGCAAAUAUAUAACAGGGAAGUGACAAUACUGUGUAAAUGCGAUAUACAUAUAUAUUAUAAAUAGUUAAAACUUUUUAGCUCUAAGAAUGUAGAAUGUUAUGGCUUAAUUUAGUGGCAGAGUGGUAAGAUUGACUGAGCCACCUUAUAAAUGUGUAACCCGCGUGUACUGGGUCGAAAGUCAAGAGAGUCUUUGUGGCUUGUUGAAGCUGCUUGUGUACUGGAGUUUAUCAAACAUUUCGUGUUGCGCUGUUGCAAUUAUUGCAGCUGGUAAUGUUGUAAUGUGAUUUCUUGGUGUUCACUUGAGGAUCCGUGUGCCUUCACAAGGUGGCAGAAGUGAAAUUUGAUUUUAUGUGAGCCUUGUCACCAAUUUGUUUCGUCUCUUACCGUGAUUUCUGAACUGUGUGUUUUUAAGGUAGAGUUGAAGAGGUUAAAACAAGUUGAUAUUCGUCUUAUUUUGGAUUUGUGUCCAACCUGGAAGCUUAAGGCUUAAAAUUAAUGUCCUUAAUACUAGUGCUUUUUGUCCUCUUGUUAGAGGAAAAACGAACACAAAUUAUCACGGCCGCACAACGAUUUUUUUCAAUCAUUUCAUGAUUUUGCUGUGCCAAUUUUAGUGUGUUCAUUCGCCUAACACGUUCAAUCUCACUGUCGAUGAUUAUGAUUUAAAUAUCUCCAUGAAUUAUUGGGACACUUAUAGGCAAACUGAGAGUGAAGAACUAAGAUGUAUUGCCUUGAUAAAACUCCAAAUUCUCAUAACCAGUAAUUAAGGAAUAAAUGCAAUACAGAGAGGAGAAUUGCGGAUUGCAUCGUGAGGAUGAAAGGGUUCGUAAUGUAACAGGACUCUUCCUGAUUCUUGAAAAGCUUUAGUGAAGGAAAGAAUUGUAAUGUUCAUUUAUUUUUAUUUUAUUUAGUUAUAUUUUAUUGUAAGAAAAAUUCUUUUUCUCUCUGUGUUGAUAAACAAUUCCCUGUUGUGAAGCGGAGUCUUUCUUCAAAGUAUACACACAUGCAGGAAAAGAGGGAAUAGAUUAACUUCCCAACUUCUUGUUCAAUUAUUAACUUUUUAUGUCUUACGUCGAUGUAGACCUUGAAACUAAAGCUAAGAGAAGGUUGGCUUUCAGAGACUAGCGUCACCAACGGAUGUAUUUUCAAAAUUAAAAACGAUUAAAAAUGUUGGUAACUUC